AUGACCGAACAUACCUUAACUAUUUCAACAAAUGUUAAUAAUUUAUCUCGUUUGCCGAGAAAUGGAAAGAAUAAAAAUUAUUCAAGUUCUCUAACGGAGGAAAACUUAAAACUUCAUACUGGGAUGAUGCCAACGUCACGAGAAACCAAAACACAUUUCGUAUUGGUAUAUGUUGAUUUACAGAAAAAAUUAAUCGCCUUGGAAGCUCAAUUAAGAAAAGAAGCUCAAGAAGCCCAAGAAAGAUUUAGUGCAUCUUUACCAGAUAAUACACCAUCUGUCAUACCUGAAGUAAUACAUGUACCAUCAUUAUCUAAUUCUAGAUCAAAUACUAUUAAGGAUAAAGAAUAUACUUCACCCUUACCAACAAAUGAUAUUAUUUAUUCGAUUGAACCUGAAUAUGGGUCAUCAAGACCAAUUGAAACAAUCCCCAAACUUUUGGACUCUGUAAUAGAUCAUAGAAGAAAAGAUGUAACUUCUUUAAGAGCAGAACCUUCAAUACCACCAUCACCUUCUCAGUCUACCGUAAGAUCAAGGAAUUCUUCACACCGAAGAGCUCCUUUUAUUCAUUUAUCUAAACCUGUUGCUAACAGGACCAAUAGUGCAGACACUAUGCAUACCAUUUCUGUUAAUCAGACUCCCUCGUCAUCUCUUAAUAAUAACGUUUAUAAUUCUUCCCCUUCUUUACCUCCUACUCCAAAUACGACUACCCAUUUUAAUAUGGAAAAAAGGCAUGAAUUGUCUUCAAUUAUAAAUACCUCUACACCACCUUCUCCUGGUAAUGAACAUAAUGAAAAGUGUGAAAACGAUGCUUGUAAGAUACAUCGUGAUAGCGGAAUCUCUUUAGUAUCUCCCGUCAAACCGGGUCAUCAUUCACGUGAACACUCAAUUUCUUCAAUAUUACGGAAGAUGGGAAGUCGUCAUGCUUUCCAGAAAGAACAACAUCAUCAAUUUGAUGGUCAUCGUAAGGAAAGGGGUUGGGCUCCAUUUUCUCCCAAGGAUAACGAUACAGAAUUAUUAGCAUUUCGUUACCCAAGUAUUUAUAAUAACGAUAUUUAUAUUCAUAGAGAUUCUAGUGGGAUGGAUGAACAAGAUAAUAGUAGCAGCAGCGGCUAUGCACUCAUUUCAGAAUUUGAUGGUUGUUCUGGGAAACAAAAAGAAAGGGAACGUUCAGUAACAUUUGAUUUGGAUGAUCAACAAGUGUUAACAUUAGACGAAGAAACCGGAUUGAAUAAGAGGAAGAGAUGUAGUGGCUUAGAUUCAACUAUGAUUCCUCAUAUUGAUCUAUCAGAUUUGAAUGUUUUACCUUUAAUGGAUUUUAAAUAA